CAUCCCUGGGUUCCGGUGUUCCCGACGGAGUCGAGGCACCGAGAGGCUUUGGGGCGAGGGCGGAAAGAAGGGCGGCCCGCCAGGGGGUCCGUGGACUCGCUUUGGCCUCCUCCGAGCCGGGCCGGCGAUGGCCGCAGCUGUGAGGCGAGGUCGGGUCCCGUAGCGGCGCGCAACCUCCUCGGGGGACUCGAGGUCCUGGUUGGUUUCCACAGCUCUUCCUGAGGCAGAAGAAUAAAAGAAAGGUGAUGUGAUGUGAUGAUAGAAUUUGUGAUAGCCAGGCAACAACUUUUCCUGAUUCAGCAUGUUAAAAAAUAAGGGUCACUCAUCUAAGAAAGAGAACUUGGCAGUCAAUGCAGUUGCUUUACAAGAUCACAUUUUACACGAUCUUCAACUUCGAAAUCUUUCAGUUGCAGAUCAUUCUAAGACGCAAGUGCAAAAGAAGGAGAACACAUCUCUACAAAGAGAGACAAAGGCAGUAAUAGAUACUGGACUUAAAAAAACUACGCAGUGCCCCAAACUAGAAGAUUCAGAAAAAGAAUAUGUUCUUGAUCCCAAACCGCCACCAUUGACUUUGGCACAGAAGUUGGGCCUCAUUGGGCCUCCACCACCUCCACUGUCAUCUGAUGACUGGGAGAAGGUGAAGCAGCGCUCCCUCCUGCAAGGGGACUCAGUGCAGCCCUGCCCCAUCUGUAAAGAAGAAUUCGAGCUUCGUCCUCAGGUGCUGCUUUCAUGCUCCCAUGUGUUCCACAGAGCAUGUCUUCAGGCUUUUGAAAAGUUCACAAAUAAGAAAACCUGUCCUCUCUGUAGAAAGAACCAGUAUCAAACCCGAGUGAUACAUGAUGGGGCCCGCCUGUUCAGAAUAAAGUGUGUGACCAGAAUCCAAGCCUACUGGAGAGGAUACGUUGUCAGAAAGUGGUACAGAAACCUGAGGAAAACAGUACCUCCCACAGACGCCAAGUUAAGAAAAAAAUUCUUUGAAAAAAAGUUCACAGAAAUCAGCCACCGAAUCCUGUGCUCAUACAACACCAACAUUGAAGAGCUCUUUGCAGAGAUCGAUCAGUGCUUGGCCAUAAACCGCAGUGUUCUUCAGCAGUUCGAAGAAAAAUACAGCCAUGAGCUCACAGAAGAGGAAUGGGAGAAAAUCCAAGCACAGGCUCUGCGCCGGGAGACCCAGGAGUGCUCCAUCUGCCUGGCCCCUCUCUCCCCUGCUGGCGGUCAGCUCGUGGGUGCGGGCCAGCGUUCCCGAGAGACGGCCCUCCUGUCCUGCUCACACGUGUUCCACCAUGCGUGUCUGCUCGCACUAGAGGAGUUCUCCGUGGGAGACAGGCCUCCUUUCCAUGCCUGUCCUCUCUGCCGCUCCUGCUACCAGAAGAAGAUUCUUGAAUGUUGAAUUCAUAGUCAAGGAAAGUUAGGUAAUUCUGAGGAAAGAAGUUUCCCAUCAUUUUGGAUGAACUGCCUGAGUUCUGGGUUAAGUACUACAAUGCAAUCUUUUUCCCAGGGAAAUAAGCUAGUGGUAGUUGUAGGAAAUCUAAGUCUAUUUUAAAAGAUGACAGCCCAUCUAAUUUUAGUCUUUUGUCUCUAAAAAGUAAAUUUCAAAUUUAUGAGUUGAAUCACUUGAAAUAUGAAAGGCAAAAAAUGAGAGCUUGCUUGCUUUUAAAAAUGGAAGGUAAGAGACAGCUAGUGUCUGACCGACACUCCUUACAGUAAGUCCCAAAUGUAAGACACUCCUUAAGCUCCAAAUGUUUCCACUGAGACUUUGCCUUAGAGCCUUUGUCAUUCCUAAUAUCCGUUUUGUAAUAAUUGCUGUAUUUCUGUGUCAUAAAAUGUGAAAAUAUUCAGUUGUAUUCAACAUCA